GCCGUGGCGCCCCCUGCAGCAGCGCGGCGGCGCAGGGCGCUGCGGGCGGGGGAGGCAGCGCUUCCCGCCUCGCGUCGCCUCGGCAGGGCGGCUGCGCGCUCGCCCGCGGGAGGCCGGGCGGCGGCGGCGCGCUGGCGGCGGCGGCGGCAGCGCCCUGCACCGGCCGCGGAGGCGGGUCGCGGCGGCAGCCCGCUUCUUCUCUCCAUUUGCAUGCGCAUUGGAAUAGUGGCUGCUUUAAUCAUUGCAAGAGUUAAACCAACCUCCCACAAACAUGGCAGAUGAGGACCUUAUUUUUCGUAUGGAAGGGAUUGAUAAUGCUAGAUCAACUAAAGUGAACUCUGGAAGUUAUCCUGAUGCUGAUAGUGAUGAUGAAGAUAAUUAUUACAUCUGUCCGAUAACUGAUGAUCCCGUUUCUAACAAGUCUGCCAGUAUCAAAGUUGACAAUUACUAUAGCAACUUAGCAAAAACUGACCAGUACAGUUCAAGCUCUUCGCCUAGCAACUCAUUCCACUUUAAGAAUGACACACAGGAUUGCUCUAAGCAUGGCUCUGUGGUUGACCAUAGUCGGGAAGCCUGGAAACAUGCUAUUCAGAAAGCUAAACACAUGCCCGAUCCCUGGGCAGAGUUUCAUCUCGAGGACAUUGAGACAGAAUACGCCACUCGUUACAGAUACAACGCAGUUACUGGGGACUGGGUUGAAGAUGAAGUCCUCAUCAAGAUGGCUGCACAACCCUUUGGCCGUGGAGCGAUGCGGGAAUGUUUUAGAACGAAAAAGCUGUCCAACUUCUUACACACGCAGAACUGGAAAGGUGCCUAUAACUAUGUUGCCAAGCAAUACAUAGAGAGUGUAGGCAGGGAGGUGUAUUUUGAGGAUGUCCGACUUCAGAUGGAAGCAAAACUGUGGGGAGAAGAGUACAACCGGCACAAGCCACCAAAACAGGUAGAUAUAGUACAGAUCUGCAUUAUCGAAAUGAAGAACAGACCUGGAAAGCCUCUGUUUCAUCUGGAACAUUACAUAGAGGGCAAAUACAUCAAAUACAACUCAAAUUCUGGAUUUGUGCGAGAUGACAACAUUCGUCUUACUCCGCAAGCCUUUAGUCACUUCACCUUUGAGCGCUCAGGACACCAACUGAUUGUUGUUGACAUCCAGGGAGUCGGAGAUUUAUAUACAGACCCUCAGAUCCAUACGGAGAGUGGUGUGGACUUUGGAGAUGGCAACCUAGGUGUUCGAGGUAUGGCCUUGUUCUUUCAUUCUCAUUCCUGCAACAAGAUUUGCAAAAGUAUGGGACUUGCACCAUUUGAUCUUUCCUCCAAAGAGAGAGAUGCCUUGGAUUAUAAUAACAAAUUGCUUAAAUCUGCUCAGACAAUUGUGCGUGGCACAGAGGAAAAAUGUGGAAGCAGCCGGGUGAGAACAAUCUCUGGUAGUCGGCCUCCUCUGCUUUUCCGCCUGUCUGAAAACUCUGGAGAUGAAAGCAUGAGCGAUGUGGCAUUUGACUCUUUACCCUGCUCACCUUCCUCAGCAACGCCUCACAGCCAGAAGAUGGACAUGCUUAAUUGGCCUGUGUUCAAUGAAGUAGAUAACUUGGUUCACAAAGACUACGAUCAGCUUGAUAAUCAAAGGGAUUUUGAAAAUGGUGGAGACAGCGGAUAUCCCAGUGAAAAGAGAAGCGAGCUAGAAGAUCUGGAUCAUAGAGAGAGGGGCCAUUCAAACAACAACCGAAGACACGAAUCUGAUGAAGACAGUUUGGGAAGCUCUGCAAGGGUCAGUGUGGAAAAAUGGAAUCUCUACAACUCUUCCAGAGUCCACAUCCACAGACCCUCCUGUGUUGCUCAAGAAAUUCAGAGGCUUAAUGCAUUAGAACUUGAAAAGAAAAUUGGGAAGUCAAUCCUUGGGAAGGUUCAUUUGGCCAUGGUUCGCUACCACGAAGCUGGGCGUUUCUGUGAGAAAGACAAGGAGUGGGAUCAAGAGUCAGCUCUGUUUCACCUGGAGCACGCUGCAGACUGUGGGGAGCUGGAAGCCAUCGCUGGGCUAGGACUCAUGUGCUGCCAGCUGCCCCAUCACAUUCUUUCUGAGGUCACUCUAGAGGACACAAAGGAGAAUAGAAGAAAAGGAUUUGAUUACUUACUGAGAGCAGCAGAAGCUGGAGAUCGGCCUUCCAUGAUUCUAGUAGCAAGGGCAUAUGAUACAGGUGUAAAUCUUGGUUCAGACAGAGUGCAGGACUGGAAGGAGGCACUGCACUGGUACAAUGCUGCACUGAACAUGACUGACUAUGAUGAGGGAGGCGAAUAUGAUGGCACUCAGGAUGAGCCCCGGUAUCUGCUCCUGGCCAGGGAAGCAGAGAUGUUAAUGACAGGAGGAUUUCACUUGGACAAGGAUCCACAGAAAUCGGGUGAGCUGUACACAGAAGCCGCAGAAGCAGCAACAGAAGCCAUGAAAGGCAGACUGGCAAAUCAGUACUACCAAAAAGCUGAAGAGGCUUGGGCAAUGAUGGAAGAAUGACAUUGCAGUUGUGCAGUUGCACUUGUAUAAAAAAUUUUUGUAGGCUUACUAUGUUUGCCGCUAAAAAGAUGUAUUUUUAUGUGCUGUUACCAGUUUGUUUUUCAUAUUUUAGUUUUCUAACUUUGAGGGAAGAAAUCCAAAUAUAGGUAGUAUGUAGGGAGCCAUAGUGUACUUUUACCUAUGUAUUAAAAUUGUAAUACCAGCACAGUUGAGCUUUUAUAUUUUUUAACAGUUAUGAUUUGUUUGAGAAAUAUGAAGCUAAUGUCUUUUUACAUGGCACAUGUCCAGCUUUUUACAUAGCAAAUGAUCAGUGUGUUUACAUUUCUCUUCUCCUCCCUAAAUCCACAUCAUGUCUUCAUUUUUGGUGUAUCUCAAGUUUAGUUGUUAUCCUUUGCAUGUAAAACAUGUAUUUUCAAUUUAAGCAUGUAAAGCAUGCAGCUACUCUUAAUAAGUGGUCCCAUUCUAUCAAACUGGUGUCAUUUGGCUCUGUUGAUAUUCUUCUCAAAUCAAUUCCAGCUUCUAAUUUGGCACCCUGAAUAUUCAGGGUGGGAUAUGUGUUUUAUUCAUUACCAGCAGUGCAUAUCUUACGAUCAGAACGUCACUAAUGUUCCUGAUGAGGUGAGGCAUCUAGCUACCUCUCUCAUUUCAGCAUUUUGUACUAUAUAAUAACCUAGCUGUAUAAAAUCAUACUGAUCUCAUAUUUGUCCCAUGAUGUACAGUAACAAGAUCUGUAACAUAUUGGUAGUAUGUAGUUAUUUUUACAGUGACAUCUCAAUUUGCAGUGAAGCUGGAUCCUCUCACUUAAAUGAAAAUUCCCUUUCACCAUUUCUAGAGGAACAUUUGAAAAGUCUAGAGAAUGUUUAUUCACGUAUUUCUGUGUAUAGAAAAUAAUUUAUCUAGUCUAAAUAACUUCAUGUGUCUGAUCUGCUGUCUCAUGGUUCAUGAAGUAACUUUGCAUGAUACUGUUUGAUAGAUUUGAGCUGAUCAGUGAAGAACAUACAUAAUAGUUUUAUAAAUUUCCAGAUUAUACCAGAUAAUUUAUUAAAUACUACCCUAUGGUAGAAAGCUUAUUUUCUGUGAUAUUAGACAUUCAUGUUCUGGAGUUUUGCACCUAUAUUUUAGCAUCUUCUCUUACAGUUUACAGCUAAAUUUCCUAAAAGACCUCUCCUCUUCACAAGAGACAGAGAAUUGUUGUAAAUGUCAGUUAAAGAAAAAUAUACUUUUGCUGGUUACAGGGAAAAAGCAUUAUUAUCCCCAAACACUUGAAUUUCCGUAUCCUGUUUACAUGCUCCUAAGCCAGUAAUGGGAGGAUAAAUACACCAUGGUGGUUGAAUUAUCAUUGCACAGAGGUAAGUUUCUUCCAAAUCCAGUAUUAUAUUCCAAAGCCCCAGUGCCAUCUAUACAGUUGUUAUAGAAGCUGGUCCUAUUUCUUGGUCUUGGUUAACAGUAGUUUUCAUUUCCUAAUGAAGACAGAGUGUUUCUGCCUUCUUGGCCGUACAGUCCCUGAGGAUGCAGAUUGGCAUGAGUAAAGGGGCAACCACUGUGGAGUGCUGAAUGAUUCAAAAUGCUCGCCAGCCUCACUCUAGCAAAGCUGUUAGGUAAUAAGCUAGGUACUAAAACGCUCAAAUACUUUGGACCUAAUAUGCUGAAAUUGAACCAGAAUUUGCAUGACCACAAUUUAGGUGAAUGCUUUAAGUGCCUAUGCACAGUUCUGCUUUAGGUGCCUACAGCCCCUUUUGGAUGUGGCCUUUUGCUCUUUCAAUUCAUACUCCUAAAAUAACAGCUCUCGAUGAAGGGUAAACGCACUCUUCAUCUCCGAAGUCAACUCAGCAAUCGCAGUGUUUUGUGCAGAACUGAUACAGUGUAGGCACCGUAACAUAUACAUGCAAAGGAUUUAUUUUCCCUGUAUGGUGUUAAUGCCAAGUCUUUGAGAUUUUUCUGUGAGAAAGAAGCACGUGUAACAACCUCACCAGCCUUGUAGGGAGGAGAGGAGAUUGAAUGUGUCCAUCCAAAAUGUAAGUAAAGGACUUAAGAGUAUAAUUACUGAAACUCUUUGACAUAGUUUAAUUUGCUAAUUUCUGUAGUUGCUAGAGUUGCUGACAGUUCUCUGUAGACCUGGUGUGUAAAUGGGCUUACAGCUCUGAAAAUAUAAUGAUUCAUACUUUUUUGUAAAUGUUACUUUUUUAAUGAUGGAGACUGCCUUCUGUCAUAAGGUGGUAUCAUAUUAUUUAGCUAUACAAUAAGUAGGAGUUUGAAUGAUUUAAAAAUGAAACUGGUUUACAGAAAUAUGCAUAACUUUAUGAUGCUCUUUUGAAGAGAGUAUGUGUUUGUCAGACUUUUGGAAUGAUAUUGCUAUAUGCUGUAUUUUUAAUGUAUUCACAAUGAACAAAUAAAAAUUAUAUUUUUAAAAAAUGUGAAAAUAAAUCCGAGGCUCAGCCCUGCAGACCUCACCCAGGUGCAGCGUUCCUGGAGGCCAGUGGGAGCACUGCUUGGGUAAGGACAGCAAGGUGGAAGCUUGGCAGUGUGUCAGACAUGCGAGCACUGAUGGCUUGCACCACUUAGUCAUGUCAGUCACUUCAUCUGGUUUCAUUCUGGCUGGCCAAUAAAGCUUUUCUUUUUGACACUUUUUUCAA